AUGCAGAUAGUAACAAAAUCAACUAGGACGAUUACAUUAGAUCUAAAGCGCUCACAGACUCAGCCUCACCAUGGAAAGCUUAUUGUUCAUGUUGAGGAGUGCCUUGCUUCUAAGAUUACAACAGAGAUAGUAUUCAGAUGUUCAAGUUUGGAAUCUAAAGAUCUUUUCUCAAAAAGUGAUCCAUUUUUGGUGGUAUCAAAGAUUGUGGAGCACGGAACUCCAAUCCCAGUGUCUAAAACUGAAGUCCUGAAGAACAAUCUUAACCCUAUUUGGAAACCACUCUCCCUAAGUGUUCAACAAGUCGGUAGUAAGGACAGUCCACUGAUUAUAGAAUGCUCAGACUUCAAUUCCAAUGGCAAACACAGUCUGAUAGGAAAAGUUCAAAAAUCGCUUGCAGACUUGGAGAAACUUCACUUAGCUGGCCAAGGAAUCAAUUUAUCUUUGCCUACAGGUGCUGGACAAAACAAGGUAUUAAAGAGCCAACUUUUUGUGGAGAAGUUUACAGAGACAGUUCAGCACACAUUCCUUGAAUACUUGGCAUCAGGGUUUGAAUUAAGUUUCAUGGUUGCAAUUGAUUUCACAGCUUCAAAUGGAAACCCUCGCCUACCUGAUUCUUUGCACUACGUUGAUCCUUCAGGACGAUUAAAUGCCUACCAGAGAGUGACAAUAAUGGAUCUUGGAGAAGUGUUGCAGUUUUAUGACUCAGAUAAACGCUUCCCUGCCUGGGGAUUUGGAGCUCGUCCUAUAGACGGUCCAGUUUCACAUUGCUUUAACCUCAAUGGAAGCAGCAGUUCAUACUGUGAGGUGGAAGGGAUUCAAGGAAUCUUGACCUCAUACACAAGUGCACUCUUCAACCUCUCUUUGGCAGGACCUACUCUUUUUGGUCAGGUGAUAAACGCUGCUGCUAUGAUAGCUAGCCAGUCACUAGCUCAAGGCUCAAGGAGAUACUACGUCUUAUUAAUCAUCACAGAUGGUGUUAUAACAGAUCUUCAAGAAACUAAAGAUGCGUUGGUCAGUGCAUCUGAUUUGCCGUUAUCAAUUCUUAUUGUAGGAGUUGGAGGAGCUGAUUUUAAAGAAAUGGAGAUACUUGAUGCAGAUAGAGGAGACCGGUUGGAGAGCUCCACAGGGCGAUUAGCUUCACGAGAUAUUGUUCAGUUUGUGGCACUACGAGAUGUGCAACAUGGAGAGAUAUCUUUAGUACAAGCGCUACUUGCUGAAUUGCCUUCACAGUUUUUGACGUAUAUGAGAAUCCGUAAUAUGAAGCCAAUUCCUCUGUGA